CAAACUUCUCACCGAAUAGUCAUAUGAUCGUUACGGAAAAGGGCGAGUCCGACUUCGAUUUUAACGGAUCUGUGUUUCGUGCGAUCUAGUUGUGAAAUUUUAAAAAACGACCCGUCAAAAUGAAGGGUUGUCUGUUCAAUAUCAACGAAGGAUACUUGGAAGGUCUUUGUCGUGGAUUUAAAUGUGGAAUUCUUCAACAGAGUGAUUAUCUCAAUCUUGUUCAGUGUGAGACCCUUGAAGAUUUGAAAUUGCACUUGGCGGGUACAGACUAUGGUAGCUUUUUGGCUAAUGAACCAUCACCAUUGUCUGUCAGUGUGAUUGAUGAUAAAUUGAGGGAGAAGCUUGUUGUAGAGUUUGAACAUAUGCGUAAUCAUUCUGUUGAGCCACUGUCACAAUUCUUAGAUUUCAUUACCUACAGUUACAUGAUCGACAAUAUCAUUUUACUGAUCACUGGAACAUUGCAUCAAAGACCAAUUUCUGAAUUGAUCCCUAAAUGUCAUCCUCUUGGUAGUUUUGAACAAAUGGAGGCUAUUCAUGUAGCAACUACACCUGCUGAGCUUUACAGUGCAGUCUUGGUGGAUACGCCUUUGGCUCCCUUUUUUGUGGAUUGCAUUUCUGAACAAGAUUUAGAUGAAAUGAACAUCGAAAUAAUCAGAAAUACUUUGUACAAAGCUUACUUGGAAGCAUUUUAUAAGUUCUGUAAAAAAAUUGGUGGGACAACUGCAGACACUAUGUGCGAAAUACUCGCGUUCGAAGCUGAUAGACGAGCAAUUAUUAUAACAAUCAACUCAUUUGGAACUGAGCUGGGUAAAGAUGACAGAGCUAAAUUAUAUCCACGCUGUGGAAAAUUAAAUCCAGAUGGAUUGGCAGCAUUAGCAAGAGCUGAUGAUUAUGAACAAGUUAAAGCAGUUGCAGAAUAUUAUGCUGAAUAUAGUGCUUUAUUUGAAGGUGCCGGCAAUAACCCAGGUGACAAGACUUUAGAAGAUAAAUUCUUUGAACAUGAGGUUCGUCUAAAUGUUCAUGCCUUCCUUCAACAAUUUCAUUUUGGAGUGUUCUACAGUUAUCUUAAGUUAAAGGAACAAGAAUGUCGCAAUAUUGUAUGGAUAGCAGAAUGUGUUGCACAAAAACAUAGAGCUAAGAUAGAUAACUACAUUCCAAUCUUUUAAUGUUCUUGAAACAUAUUGUUGCAACAAUUAUUUGUUCAAUUAUACAGUAAUAUACAAAAAAAGGUGACUCUUUCUCCUUUUUAUGUUUCAAACAUGAUUAAUCGCAAAUGCACAGUAUUUAGGAUUGUCAAAAAGGGGAAACUGCCAAAUACAUUGAAAAUAUAAAUAUUUAAUUCAUGAGUAAAUGAAGAAGGCAAUUAUAUGUCUAGCCAAAUUGAAAGAAUGGUAUUAAAACUAUCACUUAUCGUAUAUAAUGUAUUUUAUUGUAGACCAGUAUACUUGUUGUGUCUUGUAUUACCCAAUGUUACAAUUAUCAAUUCCACUGUAAUAUAAAAUAAUAUAUUAUACAUUCCAUCAGA